AUGUUCGCUGUCGCUUUACUUCUUGUUGUUUUGGCGGAUGUUGCCGUCGCUUUCCAAUGCUCACCGGACACCAUUUUGAGAAUGGCGACCGAUAAACGAGCGAAACAAAUAGAAAGGGAGUGCCAUCUUGCAAAGACUGGCGAGCCAGAAUGUGAGACGAAAAGUGCUUUGGAAAAAGCUUGGGAUGACUUCACGAAGCUUGAAGACCAAUACAAGGAGGCUGUAGCCCAGUGCCGAGAAACUGCUGCGAAAUCAAUUCAACGACGAGCUCACCAAAAGCGCCACAUUGCCCAUCGUAGAAAGGAGCAAUCGAUUGAAUCGAAGGUACGACCCGAAAGUGAACAGUUUGACGUAGCUCAUGCGAUCCGAGUGAAAAGGCAGGUCUGCAAGACGAAAGCCUCUCAAGAAUUAAACCAACUUGCGCAAGACUUCAGUUUGCACUGUGAGAGGGACAACAUAUGCCUACCCGAAGAGGAUCUGCCAGAAGGCCCACAACGUGAUCGCUUCAAAGAAUUGCACGGAUCUCGAGCUAAAAAGUACUCUGCCUAUCUAACGCAACUCUCGCUUUGCUAUGGUCGCCUCUCUUAG